AGCCAGCAGCAGCAGUAGCCAUCCAUCCAGUUAGCAGAGCAGCAACAACACUAGCUGCUAUCUUAUAUGUGUUGUCGUCGAGAGCUGUAUUGCUGCUGACUGGACGACGAGGAGUCAGCGCCCCGCACUGACAGCGAUCGGUCCGAAUGAUCGACCCAGGGAAAAAAAACUUUUGAGCCCACCGACUUCCCUCCAGCAACAAUCGGCGGCGGCUGUGGUGGUGGUGGUGCUGGCGGUGGUGGCAGUGGCGACGAGGUCCUCCGAGGACCAAGUGCGAUAAUCACAAGGCCGCAAAAUGGCUGAUCGUCCAGGAGGUCUGUGCUCUCACAUCGCCGAGCAACGGGACCUCGUAAUGGAGUCGUACAAGAUUGUCAUUUCGUUUCUGAUCUCGCCCGAGAGCAGGGAGAACCUCGAGAAGAGAGUGCAGCGCUUCAAGUGCUACACAUGUGAAUCGGUGGGAGCGAGGUGCCGAUUGCACGCCUGUCUUCAGUGCUGUUACGUGGGUUGCCGUCUCUACAACCACAGUCAAGAACACCACGAAGAAAGCAAUCACCAUGUGGCGAUUUCGUUGUCGCACGGUGUUUUAUAUUGUUACUUGUGCGCUGAAUACGUCCACGAUUAUGAGUUCGAUAUCAUAGCAAUUAAGGCUCGACAAAGACUCGCCGACUUUUUGGAUCUUAACGAAUUUGUGCGCUCGGUUCCUCUAUGGAAUCCCAAGUACGGAGAAUUGGAACUGUUGAGUUUGCAGCCGAAGCGGAUGCGGGUCGAUUCGAAAACGCCCAUCGGUCUCCGAGGUCUGUACAAUUUGGGCAACACCUGCUUCAUGAACUGUAUCAUACAAUGUUUAACGCACACCCCGUUCCUGAGGGAAUACUUUCUGUCACAGCAGCAUAAAUGCAUCCGUUCGAGUCCUGCUGACUGUCUCGUCUGUGAAAUGUGCUCAAUCUUUCAAGAAUUCUACUCAGGGAAAAUAUUUCCUCAUGUUCCGACGAGGCUCCUAUACCUCGUCUGGACACACGCUCAGCACCUCGCCGGUUAUGAGCAACAAGAUGCUCACGAGUUUUUUAUGGCUACCCUCAACCUCGUCCACAAGCAUGCCAGCGGUACGGAUAUCCCCUACAGCGGAGGUUGUAACUGUAUAAUUGAUGUGAUCUUCACUGGAAGCCUGCAGUCAGACGUUGUGUGUCAGAGCUGCCACGGGGUUUCGACCACGAUCGAGCCUUUCUGGGACAUUUCUCUGGAUUUGGGCCAACAAACAGCCGGUGACAGCCGAAAGCCUCGAAGUUUAGAUCGAAAGAAACUCACUGACUGCCUGGAGAACUUCACCCGAGCAGAACAUCUGGGUUCGGCGGCCAAAAUCAAGUGUUCCAAGUGCAACUCGUAUCAGGAGUCGACCAAACAGCUCACCUUCAAAAAACUUCCACUAGUAGUAAGUUUUCACCUGAAAAGAUUCGAGCAUUCGAAACUGCUGCAUAAGAAAGUUUCGACUCCGAUCGCCUUCCCCCAACAACUCGAUCUGAGCCCCUACAUGGCGAAACCAGAAGAACAGGAAGAAGCCGAUCCGACGUCGACGUCGCACGAUCCGUCGUUCUCUCGACCGCAUACUUAUUCUUUGUUUGGGGUCGUCAUACAUCAGGGUACGCUACAGACUGGACACUACACGGCGUAUAUCCGACAGAGUCCCAACGGAUGGUUCAAGUGUGACGACUGUGAAAUCAAGACCGCUACUAUUGAGGAAGUUCUAAAUUGUGAAGCGUACUUGCUGUUUUAUCAUAAAAAAUACAUUGAGUACGCCGUCGAAUGAUGAUUGAGAAUAAUCCUGACAAUCUGCCCAGGCUGUGCCCAGCCAAUUCUCAGAACGAGAUAGUUGGGUUCUCGUUCAUUGAGGUAGUAUUUAUUUCCUCCCCACCUUGCUUUAUGUAUAUACCUACUUAUUUGACGGAGAGUCUCUCUAUAGGAAAAGAAAUGAGAAACAGUGAAUUAAUUAUGUGAAUGCGAUCAGAGCGACACACCGGACUUGUUACCUAAUGCUUAGCUUGAGAGCCUGUACAAGCAUUUGUAAAAUAAAAAAAGAAUGUGUCGUUUACCCCUCA